UGUUGCGUCAUCAUAGCGCGACCGCAGCAUCAGAAUGCUGACAUGGCCGCGUCCAUCGAGCUGAGACUCACUUUUUGGUUAUGUCUUGUUUUUAUUUUGGGGGUUUCUUCGGUCUCCGCGCUCAUUGAGGGACUGUAUUGCGGGACUCAAAGUUGUUAUGACGUGCUGGGAGUUUCGCGUGAUGCCAGCAAAGCAGAGAUCGGACGUGCCUAUCGGCAGCUGGCCCGAAAAUAUCACCCGGACAGAUAUCAGCCCGGAGAGAGCGAAGACUCCCGCGAAACCGCGCAACAAAAGUUUCUGCUCGUCGCUACUGCUUACGAGACACUCAAGGAUGAAGAUUUACGUAAGGACUACGACUACAUGCUGGACCACCCAGAUGAAUACUACAGCCACUACUACACCUACUACAGGAGAAGACUUGCUCCCAAAGUAGACGUUAGGAUAGUGAUUCUCGUAACUAUUUGUGCAAUCUCACUGUUCCAGUAUUACAGCUGGUGGAGUAGCUACACAGAAGCCAUCAACUACCUGAUGACCGUUCCCAAAUACCGCAUCCAAGCUACUGAACUGGCCAAGCAGCAAGGUCUGCUAAAUAGAACCAAAGAGAAGGGCAAGAACCGGCGCUCCAAAGAGGAGAUCCGCGAAGAGGAGGAGCAGAUUAUCAGAGACAUCAUCAAGAACAAGAUAGACAUCAAAGGCGGCUAUCAGAAGCCCAAUAUAUCUGAUAUUCUGCUUUGUAAAAUCAUUCUGUUUCCGUACCAUCUGUGCACCUACGUGGCGUGGAACUGCUCGUGGUUUUACCGUUUCACCAUUCGCGGGGAGGAGUAUGGGGACGAGGAGAGACUUUACAUUAUCCGCAAGCACAUGAAGAUGUCACAGGCUCAGUUUGAUAGUCUGGACAGCAGCCUGAAAGAGACUUUCCUGAAGCAGCAGCUCUGGAUCAAAGAGAAUUAUGAGGCCUACAAAGAGGAGCAGGAGGAGGAGAUGAAGAUGAAGAUGGCCACAGACUCACGAUGGAAACGUUACAGGCGCUGGAUGAAGAGUGAGGGGCCGGGACGCAUCACUUUUGCUGACGAUUGACCUCACUUGCUCAGAGCUCCGACCCAGAUGCACGUCCAGCCUGAACAGCCUGAGCUUGUGUGUGUAAUUACACACGGCUCUGUGCGCCCUUGUUUACAAUAGACUGACAAUGUGCACGUCAUUUUCAAGGCUGCCUUUUCUCAUGUAAGACUUUAAAGGCUUUUUAAUUGUACCUUUGGAGGAUUAUUUGAUUUUUCAGUCAUUUCAUAGGAGGAAAGGACUGUGUUGGAGUCAUAAAGAAAAAUAACUGUGUAAUAACAUUGUGUGUUUUACCAGGAGGGAUAUGAUCACAGGCUUUAGAAACCCAGUGUUAUAGUUUGAAAAAUGCCUCAUUUCAAACACUGAAAGUCUUUGUCUCGCUUUUCUUUCUACAUGUCUGCUAUAAAUGUUACAUCAUCUGAUGCUGUGCUUGUUCCCUGAAGGCAUAUUUUUCCUCUUUCUCUCUUCCCUUUUUUAUUUAAUUUGGUAAGUCGCAUCAAAUUUUUCAGUUACAGGCUUUGUGGUACUUCAAAACAAUUUUAGCGUUUAUGGUUAUUCCUGUUCGUGAGCAUCCUGGUUGUCAUGCAAUAGAUUAAUAUUUCAUCAGUAAUUUAUUAUAUUAUUAUGUGUGCAUAACCAAAGGUGCACAUAGAAAAGUCUAUUCCCCAAAGACUUUUCAUUAGAUCCAAGGUAUUUUGUGUUUGACUAUGUGCCUUCUAUGAAUGCUUGUAAUUUCUUCUUUUCAGUGGAAUUUCGAAAUUAUUUUUUUCCUCGCCUGUAAGGAUUCAUUUUCCUGAAGUCUGUUUAGAAGAGACAAUGCUAUUAAAAGAACAUCACAGAAAGUAGCACAAAAGGAGAUUUUUAUUUUUGUUAAUUAUGUCCUGCUCAUUCUUUUUCCCAUGGAAUGUGAUUAUAUCAUGUCAUCUGUAACGAAAGCAAGGCUGAGGUGAGAACAGAGAGAUCACAAAUUGAUUGUUUGCAUACAAUCUCAUUUUAUCAUCCCCAGAUUCUUGACUCUAAUUGUCUUGGUUAAGUAUGUAAUCCUGGAAAUAGCUAACAUUAUCCAGCUGAGGAGUGUGAUGUGACGCGUCAGCAUUUCUGGGUCCAAACACUCUAUCAGAUCCCAAAAGCAAACAAUAAAUGGUGUUUGUAUAUAUGAAUAGUGUACUGUACUACAUGAUCCGUACACAUUUAUCUCUAUGCCAAAAUCUUAGUUUCUCAAGGCAGUGCAGACGUUUUCCAUUUCACAAAAGGUAUUUUUUAGUGGAAAAAGCUUCUUUAGAUUAUUAAAAUGUUCUUCACACUAAGAAAUAAUAGUUAUUUCAAACACUGUUCUCUAAACAUUCAUUAAACAAUUAGCUUCACACUUCUGCUUUUAAUUCUUCCAUUGGCCCCAUUUAAUUCUAGUUCAAUGCCACAGUUUUGUCGCAAGUUAAAUUCAGUGCCAUAAUGCCACUUUGUUUUUUUCUUCAUUUUUUCUUUUUUAUUUAGCUUAGCUUGUACGCUACAGAUCGCAUUUUAAGAAUGAUAAUUAAUCUGCUGAAAACAAAACAAAAACAUUAUUUUUGAAUAAUUCAAUUCAAUUCAAUUAACAUGGUUUGUAUGUUGCUGUGAAUAAAAACAUUGUGCAGAAUUAAAGCUAGAAAACUCAGAAAGUCUGCUUAGACUCCUGUGGCUUGAGUUUUA